AUGUCCGCGAAGGGCGCGGGGCCGGGAUUCGAGCUCGGGUCCGAGCCAGGGCCCCAGGCUGAACGGCUUUGUCCUGAACACGGCCAGCCUUUGAGUUGGUUCUGUUGCUCUGAACGGCGGCUGGUGUGCGCCGCCUGCGUGGAGCAGGGCGGCCGCUGCCGGGGGCACCGCAUCCGCCGGGUAGAGGAGCGCGCGGAGCAGCUGCGAAACAAGAUUGUGGACCAGUGUGAAAGGCUGCAGUCGCAGAGUGCCGGCAUCACCAAGUAUGUGGCUGAGGUCCUGACAGGCAAGAACCAGAGAGCAGUGAGCAUGGCCAGCGCAGCGCGAGAGUUAGUCAUCCAGCGGCUGAGUCUGGUACGGAAUCUGUGUGAGAGUGAGGAGCAGCGGUUGUUGGAACAGGUGCAUGGGGAAGAGGAGCGAGCCCAUCAGAGCAUCCUGACACAGCGAGCGCAUUGGGCCGAGGUGUUGCAGAAGCUUGACACCAUCCGCAUGAGCCUGGUGGGCAUGCUCACCCAUCUGGAUGACCUCCAGCUGAUUCAGAAGGAGCAGGAGGUUUUUGAGAGGACUGAGGAAGCAGAGGGCAUUUUGGAUCCUCAGGAGUCAGAGAAGUUAAACUUUAACGAGAAGUGCACUUGGAGUCCACUGCUGACCCAGCUCUGGGCAACGACAGUUCUCGGGUCCUUCUCAGGCACGGAGGAUGUGCGUAUCGAUGAAAGGACUGUCAGUCCCUUUUUGCAACUGUCAGAUGACCGAAGGACCCUGACCUUCAACGCCAAGAAGUCCAAGAUCUGUGCUGAUGGCCCGGAGCGCUUUGAUCACUGGCCCAAUGCCCUGGCUACCACCUCCUUCCAGUCUGGGCUGCAUGCCUGGAUGGUGAAUGUCCAGAACAGUUGUGCCUAUAAGGUGGGCGUGGCCACAGGCCAGCUGCCUCGCAAGGGUUCUGGCAAUGACUCCCGUCUGGGCUACAACACCUUCUCCUGGGUCUUCUCCCGCUAUAACCAGGAUUUCUGUUUCUCAUACAAUGGGCAGCACAAGUCCCUGAGGCUGCUGCGCUGCCCAGCCAAGCUGGGUGUACUGCUGGACUUGCAGGCACAAGAGUUGCUAUUCUAUGAGCCAGCCUCUGGCACGGUGCUCCACACCCAUCGUGCACCCUUCCCUGGGCCCCUCUUCCCUGUCUUUGCUGUGGCUGAUCAGACCCUUUCCAUCAUCUGCUGA